AUGAAGUACAACUACCAUGUUCCUGCGUCAACGUACACACGCAGCUCACAGUACACGCCGACAUACCACACGCCUUCCUAUUACACAGCCUCAAACUACACCCCAAGUACACAGCACUACACCUCCGCAUACACCUCUCCAACAAAGUACACCCCGACACAGUACAGCUCGACGCAUUACACCCCGUCACAAUACACGUCCACUUACAAGCCUGCAUCGACAUACAUCCCCUCGUACAGCAAAGGGUCACGGUACAGUUCAACACAUCGCACACAAGCAAAGGAAAAGCCUGCACCUGUGAUACCCGUUGCACCCCCAAAGAGAACUGUGCACUUCCCCAAUGACAUCAUCUUCCAGGAUAUUGUGAGACGAGGAGACUUGGAGCAAAUCGGUCGGUUCAUGAGAGCAAGGAAGGUUCGUGUGGAUACACUCUUCCACUCAGGUAUGGCAGCGCUUCAUGAAGCCGUGCUAACAGGAAACCUGGAGGUGGUGAAGUUGCUAGUGAAAUACGGCGCUGACGUUCACCAGAGAGACGAAGACGGCUGGACGCCACUUCACAUGGCCUGCAGCGACGGCUACCCGGAAAUUGCCAGUUAUCUGCUGUUGAUGGGCGCAAGCACAGAGGCCGAGAACGAAAACGGAGAGAAGCCUGCAGACCUCAUCGACCCGGACUGCAAAGAGCUGGUCAAACUGUUCGAGACGGGCUGUGUGUGA